AUAGUCAAUACUAGUAGCAAAAAGCCAACUCAUUCUGCAGACAAACAAAGAGCAAGAUGGUUGAUCAAAUCGGCUUAUCUGAAGCUCUCAAGAAUUACAUGCCGUUUCUAUACGUACGAAGGCUUUCUGAUAGAGCUACGUUGCCUAAAAGAAUGUUUCUUCAUUCUGCUGGUCAUGAUCUUUUCAGUGCAACAGAUACCAAAGUGCCAGCCAGAGGCAAGGCAAGGAUUUCUACAGAUUUGAGCAUUGACAUUCCUCCAGGAGCCUACGGUCGUAUUGCUGCACGGUCGAGCCUGGCAUGGGAUCAUUCGAUUGAAGUUGGAGGUGGUGUUGUAGAUGCUGACAAGAAUCCAGUUUUUGUGAUCUUGUACAAUCAUUCUGAUGUCGAUUUUGUAGUUAAGGUUGGAGACAGAAUUGCUCAGCUGGUCAUUGAGCUUAAUGCAACACCUGAAGUCGUGGAGGUUCAUCAGCCCUGAUUGACCACCCUUAGAGCUGCUUGUUAAUGGUUUCGUUAUCUCUCGAAUAAUGUUGUUUGGAACCUCUUGCAUUCUGUUAAUUAAGAAAUUACUCAGAAUUGAAACGAGUUGUUCUCGAACACAAUCAUAACAUAUGGGGACGAUAUGAACAACGAAGCAAUGAUCAAUUUAACGUUCAUGCUCGAACUUAUCAGUGCAACAUCACGAAAAAUAUCAAGAAAACUUAUGAGCAUUCUGAUA